AUGACUUCAGAACUGAUAAUAAUAACUGGUGGUGCUGGUUUCAUAGGAUCUAAUUUCAUUAAUUACCUAGUUAAUAAUACCAUUUAUCAUAUAAUAUGCGUUGAUAUGUUGAACUAUGCCAGUGAUACCAAUCGUUUACCUAUGGAUAGGAUAACAUUUGUGAAGAUGGACUUAUCUAAGAAUUACAAGGGUUUGACUGAGUUGUUUGAAGAGAAUAAAAUCAACACCGUGAUCAAUUUUGCAGCUGAAAGCUGUGUUGAUAGGUCAUUUGAAGAUCCAUUACAUUUCACCGCUAAUAAUAUCCUUGGAACUCAGAAUCUAUUGGAAGUGAUUAGAAAGUUAUCUUAUAGUGUCAAAUUCAUUCAUAUAUCUACAGACGAGGUUUAUGGAGAACAAGAUGAUAACGACGUCAAUGAAAAUGAUAACUUGAAUCCUUCAAAUCCUUAUGCUGCCACAAAAGCAUCUAUAGAUCUCAUAAUCAAAUCCUAUCAAUAUUCAUACAACUUACCUAUCAUCAUUGUGCGGGCCAAUAACAUCUAUGGACCUAACCAGUACCCCGAGAAGAUAAUCCCCGUGACCAUUCAGAGGUUGAAGAAUGACGAGAGUAUUCCUAUCCAUGGGAACGGAUCAAAUAAAAGAAAAUAUUUAUAUAUUAAAGACUUUAUAGAUGCAUUAAUGAUAAUUUGGGAUAAUUUUGGUCAGAAUGUUGGUGAAAUAUUCAACAUUGGGUGUGAUUUUGAAAUAGAUAACUUAUCGUUGGUUAAUCUUAUUGGUUCUAUAAUGGGUAAAACACCUAAUAUUGAAUUUAUCAAAGAUCGAAAUUAUAAUGAUUCUAGAUAUUCCAUUAAUUAUGACAAACUCAAACAAUUAGGAUGGAAACCACAGAUCAAUCUUGAACAAGGUUUGAAUAUGUUAAUCAAUGGAUAA